GCUAAUCCGGAAGCGUCCGUUUCUAGCGUUGAUUGAUGUCCAAGCAAGCUAAUGUUGCUAAUGUGUUAUCACUACCGCUCGAAUUUAACAUUUUUACACUGAAUAAUAAUAAUAAUAACCUCACACGAGUCCGUUUUAGAACGAAAAUAACGGAACAUUCAGCCUGGAGCCAUCUCCGGGACUUCAGGUUAAGUGAUUCGUCCAUGCUAAACACAUCAGAAGGUCCCGUUGGUCCGCCGGAAGCGUCAAAUAUGCAAAGGCAGACCGUCGGGAGGGAGGGAGAGGACCGCCGUCUGAUCGGUUCCCUGGCCCACGACGCCUCCGCCGCCGUAAGCCGGCGAGCGUCCAGCGGCGAGCUCCAGCUGCCCCGAGCCUUCCCGGUCACGCACUCCCGGGAGAAGUUCUACACCGUGUGCUCCGAUUUCGCGCUGCUCAACCGGGCGGUGAGAAAGCAGGACGACGGCGACAAAUCCGCCCGAGACUUCCGGCCCGGUCAGUCGGCGGGAGCCUGCGUGGUUUCCCACGGCGACUGCGAUAUGGACGACCUGACGGUCGGCGGGGACGGCAAGACCACCCUGGCGUGGGAGAUCGACACCACCGAUUUCAAGGCGGUGCUCACUCGCAAAAUUAGGACGGGCAGCGUGAAGAAGUGCGGCAGCAAGAAAAUGAAGCCGGACCGAGCCAGCAGGAACCUCCAGGACGUCCCGCCUCGCCCUUCGCUGGAGGACAUCCAACAGAGGAAAGUUCUCGACCUCCGGCGAUGGUACUGCAUCAGCCGGCCGCAGUACAAGACGUCGUGCGGGAUCUCGUCGCUGGUGUCCUGCUGGAACUUCCUGUACAGCACGCUGGGCGCAGGAAGUCUGCCGCCCGUCUCCCAGGAGGAGACGCUGCACAUCCUGGGCUACCGGCCACCCUUUGACGACAUCAAGUUCGGGCCCUUCACGGGCAACGCCACCCUCAUGCGAAAUCGAGCUACAGCUAGGAGGUCACUAGUUCCAGUUAGUCCUGUUGCGUCUCGUUCUGGCGCUAGUCGUGGUCUUCCUCGCCCUCUCCCGAGAUGGUUCCGGCAAAUCAACGACCACUUCCGCGUGCGAGGCCGCUCGUACAUCCUGUACAAGCCGCACGGGAAACACAAGACGGCGGGAGAGACGGCGGAGGGAGCCUUGGCCAAGCUGACGCUGGGCCUGAGGGACGAGUCCAUGGCCUACGUCUACCACUGCCAGAACCACUACUGCUGCCCCCUCGGUUUCGAGGCCACGCCCCUCAAAGCGGCCAAGGCGUACAGACUUUCUGUCACAGGACUCUUUGACCACUCCAGCGAAAGGCAAAGUUAUGGCCCUCAUGAUGUACUUUCCAGGGGUCCUCUGCCCACCAGCGAGAUGGAACACUGGAUCCUGAUCGGAGAACCCAGCAGGAAGCACGCAGCCAUCCACUGUAAAAAGUGGACGGACAUCGUCGCCGACCUCAACACACAGAAUCCGGAAUACCUGGACAUCCGCCACACAGAGAAGGGCAUCCAGAGGCGCACCACUAAAAAAGUGGGUGGCAACCUGCACUGCAUCAUGGCCUUUCAGCGGGUCAACUGGCAAAAGCUGGGCCCCUGGGCCCUCAACCUGGAGAACCUGCGUCACGCCGGCUGUGAGGCGGAGGAGACCAAGCGCCUCGCCCAGCUGGAACGUUCGCACAGCACGGGCAGCCAGAAGGACGCCCCCUGGAGGCACCUGUCCAACACUGCAGACAACCGACAGAAGAGCUCGCCCGACAGUGACAUCGACGACGACGACGACGACGACGACUCCGACUGAACACAACGUUACCAAACGACGUGAGAGAGAACGAACUGAUCGCGGGACGACGAAAUAGCGUGGGGACUGUUUCCUCUGGCGGAUUAAUACACAUUUUGGAACUUCAUAAAGCUCAUCAAUACAUGAAUUGUAUACACAUACACAUUAUUACACUUACUGCUGUUCCAUGCUGAUGCAUUGUGAUGUUUAUUGUACAAAACACGGCUUUCAUGUUACCUUUUUUCAUCUUUUGUUUUUGUAGCUCAAAAGAGGUAUUAAAUUUUACAAUAUUUAAAUCCA